AUGCGACCUCUAGUGGCAAAAACUUUCAUAUUGUAAGUGAUGUUAUUUCACGUGCUAUUUUUUUAUAGUACAGUUUACUGCACAGUUUUCAACUUUAAUCUGCAUCUGACACUUCCCCUCUAUCAUUGGUCAGAAACUGAUAGCUCCACCCAAACUCACUCCAUUGGCUGCCGCUGAGUCAUUUUUGUGUAUGGGGCUGGUUGUCAUGCUCAAAUAAACAGAGCAAAAGCAGUGCAAAUUCACAAUGGUUUUUUUUUUCAACUUGUAAAUGUUUCCCUAAUAGUUGUCUUUGCAUAUUAGGCUUCAGGUAAAGAUGUUUUUACAUGAAAAUCACCUGCGAGGCUUCAGGUUUGAAGCUUAGACCAAUUAUUUCUCAUGAUAAAAUCACUGUAACGCAUGACGUCUGGCUUGAUUUCAUCUUCACAUCUCCUGCUUUAUCCAUUUAUUUUGCUUGUGUUCCUCUUUUCCAGCCCCCUUCCCAUCUCUCGCUCUCUUUCCAUUUUUUUGGCCAAGUACAGAAACACCGCUCCUCUCUCCUCCCCUCUACGUUUUUUCUCCUCCUCUCCCUCCCCAAUGCUCAGUUCGGUGUGUGUCUCCUCAUACAAAGGGCGCAAGGGUGGGAACAAGUCGUCCAACAAAGCAUGUUACAGCGCCGACAUGACUUGCCCGUCGGAAAGCGAGAAAAUCGUCAUCAACUGCGGCGGCGUGAGGCACGAGACGUACCGGAGCACCCUGAAGACGCUGCCCGGGACGCGUCUGUCGUGGCUCACUGAGCCGGACGCCUUCAGGAACUUCGACUAUGACCCAAAGUCUGACGAGUUCUUCUUCGACCGGCACCCGUCUGUCUUCUCGUUUAUCCUCAACUACUACCGGACGGGCAAGUUGCACUGCCCCAACGACGUGUGCGGUCCGCUGUUCGAGGAGGAGCUCGCCUUCUGGGGCAUCGACGAGACCGACGUGGAGGCGUGCUGCUGGAUGAACUACCGGCAGCACCGGGACGCGGAGGAGGCGCUGGACAGCUUCGAGACGCCCGAGCCGGAGGUGCCGGAGGACGACCCGGCGCUCGCGGGGGACGGAGACCUGAAGAGGCUCUGCCUGCAGGAGGACGCCAGGAAAUUGGGCUGGUGGCGCGUGUGGCGACCGCGGAUCUGGGCGCUCUUCGAGGAUCCCUAUUCGUCCAAAUACGCGCGGUAUGUGGCGUGCGGAUCCCUUCUGUUCAUCCUCAUCUCCAUUUCCACCUUCUGCAUGGAGACGCACGAAGCGUUCAACACCAUCUACACCAGAACAGAGAACGUUACGGAGGGGAACGUGACGAGAGAGGAGAUCGUGUACGAGGUGGUGACGGACCGAUGGCUGACGUACGUGGAGGGAAUGUGUGUCGUCUGGUUCACCAUCGAGGUGUUCACGCGCAUCAUCUUCUGUCCCGACAAGGCCGAGUUCUUCAAGAGCGCGCUGAACAUCAUCGACUUCGUGGCUGUCCUGCCUUUCUACCUAGAGGUCAGUCUGAGUGGACUCUCCUCCAAAGCGGCGAAAGACGUGUUGGGCUUCCUGCGAGUGGUGCGCUUCGUCCGAAUCCUGCGUAUCUUCAAGCUGACGCGUCACUUCGUGGGCUUGCGGGUUCUCGGGCACACGCUUCGCGCAAGUACCAAUGAGUUCCUCCUGCUCAUCAUCUUCCUCGCUCUCGGCGUCCUCAUCUUCGCCACCAUGAUCUACUACGCCGAGAGGAUAGGAGCCAGCCCGGACGACCCUACGGCGAGCAUGCACACCAGCUUCAAGAACAUCCCCAUUGGUUUCUGGUGGGCCGUGGUGACCAUGACCACUUUAGGCUAUGGAGAUAUGUAUCCGGAGACGUGGUCGGGGAUGCUGGUGGGGGCGCUGUGUGCCCUCGCAGGGGUGCUGACUAUCGCCAUGCCCGUCCCCGUCAUUGUGAACAACUUCGGCAUGUAUUACUCUCUGGCCAUGGCCAAGCAGAAGCUGCCCAAAAAGAAGAACAAACACAUCCCGAGAGCCCCGCAACCCGGCUCGCCCAAUUACUGCAAGCCGGACGCCCUGGCCAUGGCGACGGCCUCGCCCCAGAGGAUUCUGGGUAAUGUUCUGGGCGGCAUGCUGGGCCCGAGCGGGGUGACGGGGGACUGUCCUCUAGCUCAGGAGGAGAUCAUAGAGAUUAACAGAGACUCGAAGCAGAAUGGUGACGCAGCCAGCGCCGCUCUAGCAAACGAGGACUGUCCAGCAAUCGAUCAGGUUCUUAGUCCAGAUGAGCGCAGCCCGGUGGGCCGGACACAAGAACGCUACCAGCAGGACAGAGCCUGCUUCCUCCUCAACACACGAGAGUUUCGACCCACUGAUGGGAAUGUGCGGAAAGUGUUAAGCUUCUAGCAUUUGGCAAUUCUAUUAAGGAGACACGGUUAGUCGCUGAAUCCUGAAAAUUUUGCAGAUGGGGCCGUACCAUCCACAUGGGACGUGAGGAUUAUCGAAGGGGCAAGAGGGUGUGACUGGAAACAAACAACGAAUGAAAAAAAAAAAGAAAAACAAGGAAACUGGAAUUUUCUGAGGCCAGAUUUUCACACGGUAACCAAAGCAACCUCACCCGAAAUUCCGGAUCACUCCUCUUUCUACAGAUGACUGACUUUACAGCAACAAAACCGAACAUUGCACUGACACCUGUAAGAGAAAAAAGACUCUUGAAGGAAUGAACGGAAAACAUUCCAACGUUUUAAGAUCAAAACACCAAGCAUUUUGACUGCCGGACUCACCUGGGCCCUGAGUUUAUGUAUAUUAAUCUAUAUGAAAGAAUGAAGGACCAAGUUAGAAUAACUAUGUAGCAUUUCUGCUAAGACCCUGUAGCAUUUCUUGGCUAGGAGAACUCUCCAACAGACUUGUUAGGGACUGAUAUUUCAUUGACAGUUUGCACAAAAUGACUAAAAAUGUCUUAGUCAUGCACAAUUUUUCUUGUUUUCUUCCCCCACUCAGCAUAUUAGCUGCAAAAUGUGUUGUUUGUGCAUUUGCCGUGUGGUAGUUCCCACUCCCUAAACGAGUCUUAUAAAAGUAGCUUUUCUUUGUGAAUGAAUCUAGAGCACUGAAAAGUGAAACGCAGCACACAGACGUACAUUGCUAUUCCCAAACAGUCUUCCAGUUUUUUUCCCCGAGCGUUUGAGGGAGGCAACACUGAAAACAGUCCCGACAGACCAAAGCCCAACUCUGACCAAAUAAUGUAUGAAAGCUAAAAUGGCACAAAAAAACUUCCCUGUCAGAGAUGAACUUUUCGUCCCUUUAAAUGUGAACGGAUUGGCUGUUCUGCCAGGGGUGCUGUUUGUAAUUACAUAAAACCCCUAAAAUUGAGGGAGGUCUUUCUCGUUCCUGAUUAUAGAGAUUUAUUUUGUGAUUUAUUUAAUAGAGCUGAUGCUGCCAUUGAUUAUAUACAUGCACAUGCCAGUGCUUGGACCAAUAACAAGUGGAAGUUUGUUUUUCCUUUGUGAAAAGAGGGUAUAAAGGUCAGGGAAAUGCAGAGACACUCUUAAAAUCUCCCUUUCUAAAAAUCAUCUAUAUGUCUAAAACUGCCUUUUCAGAGUUUCCCUCCGUCUCUGUCUUGUAUUCUUUCAUAUUGGCUUGAUAGCGCCAUUCCUUCUUAAAUAAUCAGAGGGAGCGUGGGAGGUCAUGCCAAACGAAUCAAGAAGAUUAAAUGUACAAAAAAAAAAAAAAUAUAUAUAUAUAUAUAUAUAUUUUGAUAAGUAGUUGCAAAAACAUCUCCAUGAUUAACGAGGAACACAACGCAAACAGCGUCCAAACGCGAUCGUAAACGCCACCCUACGAACAGCCGUCGACUUAUACAAAAAAAGGAUGGGAGAAAAGAUAUUAACGCGUUUUUUUGGAGGACGGGCGCAAAAACAGAAGAGAUUGUUUCCUCGUAGACUGAACUGUGAGAAAAUAGAUGUCAAAAUAUAUGAUAAAAUAGAACAAAUAAUAAAUAAAUAAAAUACUACUAAAAAAAAUGAAUUUUUGUAACUUUGUUUACCAGCAUGAGAACUUUGCAUGACUGUAUUUUCUGCUAGCCCUUAGUUGAAGUGGGGAGGGCUAAAAUAAUAAUUAAAAAAGAUAUUAAUAAAAAUAAAUAAAUAAAAAAAACAUGAUAUGCAAUGGAUAUUUAAGAAAAAAAUAUAUUAAAAAGAGCUAUAUUUUAUUUUGAAAUAGGAAAAAAAUGUUACACACUGAACUGUUUUAUUAGUUUAAGAAUAAAAAUGUCAAUGCCACCAAAAGCAACAUAUCUGCUACAUACUGCCCCAUAUUACAUUUUCCUUUGGUUUCAUUUCUUAAGUCGAAACGCUGCCUGGACUGUAUAUUUUGGUUGCGAAUCUCUCUCUCUGUAUGCUAUAAGAGUCGUCUAUCUUAUUGAAAUGUUCGGCUAAUGUUUGUCUGCGUACAACAUUAGUUCACUCUGUAGCCAUGAUAACAACUGUGCUGAUGCUAGAAUCCUCUGUAAGCGGGAUAUGGCGUCUUUUCCCACAUGCAUCGGGGCUGAUAGCGUUUCAUUCUCACUUUGAAUUCACCUGCUCUCAUUGGCAAUAAUAUGAAUGAUACUCUAGAGAUCUGUAGCAAGGCAAAGUGGAGACUCGUAUCAGUCUCAGCAUCUUCCUUACGAACAGAUGCAGCGUGGAAAACUGUGUUCUUGUAGAGGCAUUGUGUCUCUAAUCUCAGGUGAAAAAUAUGAAUGCUCAGUUCCGCAACGGACCUCUGCCUGCUCGUUCAGCUAUUUCUCUUUGUCAUCUCAUCUGAUUGUUGUCAAGAGCAUUUUGCUGUCAUUUGUUGAUGUAUUUCCUCAUAAAACAGGAAGUUAGGACACAGGCAUCAUCCCUUGCCUUCAGUCUUUUAGGAAAAUCAUAGCUGAUAGCUUAUUCAAUGAGUGAAAGCAAUGAAAACACUUGAAUACAAAUAAGCUCAGAAGAAAAAGAAUAUGCAUUGAUAUUUAGCAUUUAGCUUUAAGCAAAUAAAACACCACAGUUGAGUCAAAUGUGUUUAUUUGUCAUUCUGUAAUAUAGACUACGUAAUUAAAAUAGUUAAUUCUAAUCAUCCCAAUUUGGUGUCCAUAAAUUUGCAGAUUUCAAUUUGUUAAACAGCUGUUUUUGUAUUUUAGGAGAGCAGGCUGAAGCUAAAACGUUAGCAAUUUUUAAUGCUACAGAAUUAAAAUAGCUGAUAGUUCACACAUGUUUAUCAUGGAAUUUGUUUUCGGUUCCCAUGCCAUAAUAUUGGCUGCAGAAUUAAAAUUGUUACCCAUGCUAAUUUGUAAUCCUAAGUGUUCAAUUUUACACAACAUGUUUAUCAUAGAAGUUAUUUUUCUUCUCCCCAGUUUGAAGUUACCUUUAGCAUUUAGAAAAUGCAACACAUCAUAGUUAAGUUAAAUGUGUAAACUGUUAUCUGUUCAGCUGUCAUAACAUGUUUCAUAAAAGUAGUUUUUUAGUUCUCAAGACACCAGACUAUAGCUAAACCCUUAAUUUUUAAGCUAAUAAAAAACGUUUAGCUGUUUUUAUUUUCAGAUGGGCCUCACCGAAAGAGAAUUGGCCUCACUCUAGUAGCAUCUUUAGCAUUGUAGCACCGCAGCUAAUAUGUGCAUUUAACAUGAGGGCAUUUGCAUUUUGCAAACUUGUUCACAUCAUUGAAGAAUGUGCAAAAAUGAGUGAGAGUCCUAUGCAAGACAUGUUAGCUAUAAUGCAUUUACAGUCAUUUACUCAGUCAUCUUAAGCAAAUGAGUAAGGGUUUAUAUUUUUGAUUUUCUUUCACUGACAGGGUAGAUAGAAGAUUGAAUAUGGCCGCUUGUAGACAGUUGCCCUUGAAAAUUGCUUGACUGUCUUGUCUUGUCUUGUUGCUGAUAUUGCAGAUUAAAGAAUCUGCUAAUUAGCAAGUCGAUGGAAAGGACAGAACGAAGUGAAUAUGAGAGAUGGCGACGGUUCGAGCAGGCAGCGGUCUGGUGUAUGGCGUGGGGCACGGUUUGUGAUAUUUCGGGUGUGCUGAUAUCAUCAGUUUCUGAUAUAUGGUGGAAGUGGACAUGCGACCUUUAGGGAAAGACAAUAUGACACAGCUUAUAUUUUCGAAACCUUACCAAGCGAAAACGAGAUGUCUCAAACCGGUGCUGGGUCACUGGGUUCGUUCCCAGCCCAGAAUGAAACCUUAUCGCCCAAAUAGGUCUUUGUGUUUCCAGAGUUGUGCAUAUUUAUAGUUUUAUAAAUGCUUUUGUUUAUAAUUAUCAAUUUAUUGAACAAUUUAUAUUUUAUACAGAGUUCUUUUGUUUUCCGAGUUCAUCACUUUAUUCCAUUUCGAAAAUUGUUCAUAUUUUUUUAUGACCACUUUGUUGUCGUUCGCUAUGAAUAUAUAUAUAAAAAAAGAGCCUGUGUUUGGUUUUAUUUUAGAAGGCAUUAAGACCACUCUGGUCCAGGGGUCACAGAUAAAUCAUUUAAAGCAUGCUUCUAGCAGGAACACCACCAUGCAUAUCCACACAGGCAAACGCCAGUCUGAUUUAGUUUUAUUCUCAAACAUGUUGGUUUUGUUUUCAGGACAAGUUGAGCUUGUCGCUCCGACUUUCACACACAUUGAAGCACACUGCCCUUUUAAGAUGAUUUAGAAAAGUAGAUCUGUCUGCAUCUAAUUCUUCUUGUUCGAUUUACUGUGCCUGCUCUUGUAUCCAGUGUCUGUUCAAUCACACAUUUCUUGUGUAUUAAGUUUGAUUUGAUGUACUUGAAUUACAGAUAUGCAAUCACCAUCUCUGACCACUGCCAAUCAUCCCGAAUCAUCAACAUAAUCAGUAAUCAAUAUGAUUAAAGUGAUUAACAAUAA